GUGGACACGUAUUUCCCUUCUUUCGAUCUAAUGUCUCACGGCAGUUCGUGUCACAGGACACGAAAUGUAAUCUAUUCAAUUCGUGUUCGUGGACACGAAUUUCCCUUUUUUUUUCGUGUCCCUCAGCACGACUUUCGAUCUAAUGUAUUUCAAUAGGAAACUUUUUUCGUGUCCCUCAGCACGACUUUCGAUCUAAUGUAUUUCAAUAGGAAGCAUCUUUCGUGUCUGCACCACGUUUUUUUCCUGCCACUCGGAAGCAUUGUUUUUGACCAUUGGUGACUCAUUUUUAAUUCAUUUUUAAUCUUUAAGCACUACAUUACUCAACAUUUAAGCAGGAGAUUUUUAUCCUUGUUAUUAUUGCUUUGUGCUAUGGUCUACUUUUACUGUGUUGAAGACGUCAGCUAAAACUAGCUGUUGACCCACCGCCGAUUCUCUUUUAAUGACAUCCUCAUCUUUCUUUCAACACAUAAACACGAAAGUGUGCUUGAUAAUGCAACAAUACGAUGUCAUGGCCAUCCGUAUUAUUUUAUUCUCCUUCUACUACAACCCAGUCUCACGGCAGUUCGUGGCAUAGUCACGAACUGUAAUCUAUUGAUUCGUGUUCGUGGACACGUAUUUCCCUUCUUUCGAUCUAAUGUAUUUCAAUAGGAAGCAUCUUUUGAGUCCGCUCCACGUUUUUCUUUCUGCCACUCGGAAGCAUUCGGACAGUAAACUAAAUACUACAGUACCCAUGAGCCUUUUCUAUUUUUACUAUGUUGAUGACGUCAGCUAAAACUACCUGUUGACCCACCGCCGAUUCUCUUUUAAUGACAUCCUCAUCUUUCUUUCAACACAUAAACACGAAAGUGUGCUUGAUAAUGCAACAAUACGAUGUCAUGACCAUCCGUGUUAUUUCAUUCUCCUUCUAUUGUGAGAACGGGGGAUUAACUGUGAUUAUUAAGUCAAUUAAAAUAAUAUAAAAAAUAAAUUAAAUUAAUUAGUGGACGCCCGCAUUACCCGUGAGCCUCAGCGGAGACGGCUGCUAUGGAGACGGAGCCAGCCCGCUUUGCGAUUGGUUGAUUUCUGCAGGCCGCGAAUUCUCCUUCAUUGCGCUCAACCCACUACCCAGGUAAGCCACGAGACUUGAAUGUAAUGAUCAAAUUUGUUUAAAUGUUAUAAUUGAUGCUUUUCUUUGGGAUUAGACUCACAUGGUUUACAUGUUAGAGCAAAGAAUUAAAGGCCGACCGACGGUUUGCAUUUUAACAGUAAAAAAAAGAAGAAAAAAAACCACGCGCCUUUUGUGCAGUCAUACAGAAAAUGGGAAAAACGUGAAUUUUAUUGGUUUAUUAAGUAUUUUAAGGAUAAUUUGUCACAUUUUAAACAUUUUUUCAACAUGUCUAGCCUUCACUACAUAAUGAACUUUUUCUGUUCUCCCUGCAGAUCCCGUCUAACUUCACCUUCACCCUAUAUAAUCACCUCAUUCCCAAAAACCAAAGGCACUUUUAAGAGCCAACCUCUCUAUCUAUCUAUCUAUCUAUCUAUCUAUCUAUCUAUCUAUCUAUCUAUCUAUCUAUCUCUCACACACACACAACCUCUCUGUUCAUCUAUAUUUCUAUCAAUUUCUUCAAUAUCUAUCUGUUCUCUAUCUCUAUUUCUCAAUCUUUCCUCUCUUUCUGUCAUUGUCUACUUGUCUGUUAUCUGUCUCUGUCUGUCAGUCUGUUUGUCUGUAUUUGUCUGUGUUGCAAUGGCCACCAGAUAUGUCUUUGACCCACAAAACCCCCAGUACCAAGAGGGGAGACGCAUGGUUCUUGAAAUGGAACUUGACCGCCUUACAGCUGAAUCCAAGAGAGCAGCUUUGGAGAGGAAACGUGCAGGCUCUGGAGGAGAACCUCCACGGACUUCUAAAAGGGUCUUUAGAGGGGUAGGUCGUGGCAAGCCAAGGGGAAGGCGAGGAGGGCAACGCAAAGCCUCAGCUACAGUCACAUACCCUCCGGUUGAGUGUUCUCUGUCAUCCAGUGUGGAGGUUCCCUCAGAAAUACUAAAUCCUCAAGAGGAAUUUGAGAAAAAUAUGGAGAGGCUCUCAAAUAUUUUGGCAUCAUGUCUUUCUGCUGAGUCUCAAAGAAGCUCUGCUUCAUCAUGGUCUUUUCGGAAGCAGAAAGCCUCAGAGCGCUGGAAAGAGGCAAGACCGUACCACCUACAAUGCCUUAUCGCAAAGGAGGCUGUUGGUCAUCCCUUGUGUUGCCUUUGCCACGAGCCUGCUGUUAUUAGGUGCAGAGAGUGUCUUCCUGAGGAUUGGUUCUGUGGGGACUGUGAUGUAUUGCAUCACAAAAAACAGCCACUCCACAACAGGGAAAGUGUGAUUCAUGGGUUUUUUGAAGCCAUUCCUCCAACCUCAUGCAUCAUGAAAGGAGAAGGUGGAUAUUGCACCCAUGAGCAAGCUUGCAUUUUGCCAACUGUGAAGGUGCCAGACUGCUCCUGUGAAGGCACAAGCUUCACUGUAUUACCAGGCAAACCAGUGAUUUUGAUUACCAUCAAUGGGCGUUUUGACUUGCAUCAGCCACUAUAUGAAUGUCAAACAUGCCAGCAGCAGUGGACUCCUGAUUCAAAGGACCUCCUUAGGAGUGGAUAUUGGCCAGCCUCUGUCAGCAAUUCAACGCUGUAUACACUGGACCUCCUGAGCUCCUUUCAGGAGCUCAAGGUCAUCGCUCCAGGAUUCUCCAGACAAGCCUUUGCAAAGCUGCUGGAGCAUCGGACUAAGUGUGGAGGAAGAAAUGGACAUAUCAAUGGCGAUGCACUGCAGCGGAGCUUUUUGGAGUUUUCCUACGCUUCUUUUGAAGAAGAACAGCUCUGCUGUAGUGCACCUUUCACCUGCCCAGCCUGCACGCCGGAAAUGUUGGCUGUUUCCGCCGAUGGGAACAGAAAGCUAUAUCGCUUUCACCGAAACACAAGCUCUGAUGAUCCUAGUUUUUUUGAAGGGCUCUUUGUGGCUGAAGACAGUGUGGUGUCUACAUUUGUCGACACCAUACAGAAAGCAGUGAGAAAUACACAGGGAAGAGGCGCAUGUGGGGACUCCCAGUGGACAGCAGCGAGGGAGACGUCAAGGAAGGCUUCCAAAUUGGAUGAAGAGGGGAUGGAGGUUGCUGUGUGUCGCCAUGGGUUUCUUCUGAAGGCCCUUAAUAUGUACAGAGGGGAGAUAUUUGCCUACCCCCUGUAUCUUCAAAAGGAGCUUAUGCCAGCCAAGGCAAAAUUCUUUGCUAUGGAUGUGGCUUGCAAAUAUUGGCCAUACUUGGAGAAAGCUGCUCGAGUCCUUCCUGCCCUUCAGGAGCUCAACGAAAUGAAACCCUUCCUCAGCAUAAUGCAUGCUCGAGCCCAUGCUACAAAGUGUGAGAUUAAAUGGAGUGGUAGGAACCAGGAAGGAGCAGGAACAACAGCCGGAGAGGAGGUGGAGCAAGUGAACAGCUACCUGUCACGUUGUGCCCUGACUACCAAAUAUAUGUCCAAAGCAGCACGGGUGGACAUGGUUACUUUGCACGCAGUGGGGUGGAACCACAAAAAAAGUCUCUCUCUACAUCAGGCACUUUCCACAAGAUAUGUGAAGACUUGUCAGAGACUCCAGGACGAGACUGCAAGGCUAGAUGAACUCAAAACAGAGCUACACUGCACAGAUGAAUUGGUGUCACAGUGGCUCUCUGAUGUGAAGGAAUGGGCAGCUGAUGAGACACCAGAUACAUCUCAUGCCAGUCAAGGCACCACACACAGAGGACUUCAGCAGUCAAUUGAGGGGCUUUACCUUAGUGUGAGGCAGCGGAAGCAAACCCUCUACCGCCAGAAUGACAGCAGCAAGUUUCGCCAUCGCCUUCGAAGGAAGCUGGCAGAAGACAAAAAGCUCCUCCUUCAGGAGAUCCAGAAAUACAAUGGUCUUGUACAAGACUCUGCCACAAACAUAGAUGUAGCUACUGUGGAGCAUUCCCUUAAUGGAGAGAGCAAUGUGUCUCAAAUAUGGCCAUGGGAGGUUCAUGGCAGUGCCAACAUUUCAAUCAAGAAGCAAUUGCAUGACCAAGUGAUGUUGGAGAUGCGACUGCAAGAGGAAAAAAGCAUUUUGGUUUUGGAGAUGGCACAACACUGCACAUGGUUGCAGAGCCUGGCAGUGGUUCUCAAGAACAAGAUGACUGAGGAGGAUGUAGACAAGGGAAAUGAGGGACUUUGCUGUCUCUUAAGAAGACGACUGUCAGAGGUGUCAGAACGGUUGCAAGUUGUCCUCCAACAGUACAAGACUGCUUUAGGUCCUGAGGCCUCUGUCCUUCUACAUGUUGAAGCAGAAGAUCCAAGUGGCUUCAGUAGUCCAGACACCAGUGAGGAUGAAGAGGAAAACACAGUUUAGAUGGAAGAUACACAAAGGACUGUGUUGAAGGAAAUGGACUCACCCUAUAUCUGUAUCUUAUUAGUAUGCUGAUUGAUUAAACACAUCAAAAUAUGUAUGCAUCCUAUAUUGUUGAAAAGUCUACCUUUGUUGACAAUUUAUGUCACUGUCUUUUUUUUGUCCUUACAAGCACAUUGUACAUUGGUACAGCAGAUUUAGCUAAUACAUUAAGUACUUGUAUAAUGCAUUAGAUUGUAUGUAACAGAAAAAUACACUGUUUUUGUAUGCUAUGAUUAUACUUUAUAUUGUAUAUUACUUGUUUCCCUGUUGGUGCUUUUCAAGUUACCUUAACCUCGGUCCAGUGUCAUUAAAUACAACCUUAUGACGUGUGACAAAUAUGCAUUUGGUGUAUUUUCAAUAAAUUAUUUCCAAAGAUGA